AUGAAGUUAUUAGAACUGGGAGUGCUGGUACUUAUAUGCUUUACAACAAAUAGUAAUUCAACAUUGUUUGAAUCGGAUUCCUGUUAUUCUUUUGGAAGCGGCAAUGUAUUUCCCGGUGGAGCGAGAAAAAUUGAACAUAAUUUGCAAUUUACUAAGGCUAUGAUCUCAAAACCAGCUCCAAAAUGGGAGGCAACAGCUGUUGUUAGUGGUGAAAUUACACAACUAAAAUUAUCAAGCUUUAAAGGCAAAUACUUAGUAUUUUUCUUCUAUCCUUUAGACUUCACAUUUGUGUGUCCUACUGAAAUUUUAGCAUUUUCGGAGAGAAUUGAGGAGUUUAGAAAACUGAAUACAGAGGUUGUUGCAUGUUCUGUGGAUUCACAUUUUACACACUUAGCAUGGAUAAACACCCCACGCAAAGAAGGAGGUCUUGGUAAAAUUAACAUUCCUCUUUUGAGUGACUUAACACAUUCCAUUGCUAAAGAUUAUGGUGUGUAUUUGGAAGAUUUGGGACAUACCUUAAGAGGUCUAUUUAUAAUUGAUGAUAAAGGAGUGCUAAGACAGAUCACAAUGAAUGACCUGCCAGUAGGUAGAUCAGUAGAUGAAACUCUAAGAUUGGUGCAGGCCUUCCAGUACACGGAUAAGCAUGGAGAAGUAUGUCCUGCUGGUUGGAGACCUGGUCAGGAUACUAUCAUUCCCAAUCCAGAAGAGAAGCGGAAGUAUUUUGAGAAAGUUUCUAACAAUUAA